AAGACUCGGUCCAAAGUCCGUCAAUAGAGAGUGGCUUUUAUUGACGGCGAUUGAAAACAGCGGAUGACAGUGACGAUUGACGUUUUUUGUAAUUGAGUUUUGAGAUACUCGUUCAGGACAAAAUAUCAGCCCUUUUGCUCGAGAAACUGCCGGUGUAAAGUAACUGAAUUUCUCGGCCAUAUGGAUGCUGAUCUACAUUGAUUGUGGAGUCCACUCAUCAUCGCAGAACAAUGGGAUUAGCCUCGAGUUAUUUAGAAAAACCGGUUAUGUACAGAGUAGUUUCUAAUAUACCAAAAUAUACAGUCUACAAUGGGAUGCUUAAGGUGCCGCCAAUUUUGCAUGGGUCAUCGAUAACAACAUUGAGCCUAAAUAAGCAACCAUUGCCCAAGCAACCUGUGCCGGAUCUCAAGCAAACCGCAGAGCGUUACUUGAAGUCCUUAAAGCCACUACUGACUGGUACGGAGUACAAAAAUACAGAAAAAAUUGUACGUGAAUUCAUAAGUGACUCUGGUGUAGGGCCAGGAUUGCACGCUAAGUUGCUACAGAAAUAUCAGAACACCGAUAAUUGGAUGCGAGAAUGGUGGUUGCAAGUCGCGUAUCUGGGAUACCGUGCACCGGUGAUCGUACAUUCCAGUCCCGGAACAGUCGGGCCGCCGAUCACCUUCAAGAAACGCGAGGAUGUGUAUGCAUUCGCAGCACGUCUUAUCGCCGGAGUGUUCGAUUACAAUCAGAUUGUCAAGAGUGGAAAGAUGAAGCAGGAAAUGGUUCGCAAUGAGCCACUUGAUAUGCAGCCUUACGGUAUGAUACUUGGCACACACAGACGGCCCGACAAAGGGAUCGACAAGCUACUGCAUACGGAUGAAGCCGAGCAUAUAAUAAUCAUAAGUAAUAAUAACUUCUUUAAGCUCCGCGUUAUCGAUAAAGACGAUAAAAUUGUGAGCGAGGGUAGACUUAUGGCCACUAUGAAGGACAUCGUGAAUCGUUCACGUACGGAAGGAAAGCCUGUGGGGAUUUUGACCGGCAACGACAGAGAUACUUGGGCAAUAGACAGCAGGAUGCUCUUGGAAUUGGGUAAUAAUAAGAAUAUAAUAAAGGAUAUAGAAACGUCUCUGUUUAUACUGUGUCUGGACAAGGAUAUGCCUAAAGAAGCGUUUAAGGGGAAGAAUAACGCUUCCGUCAGAGCGGUUCAGACCAUGACGGGCUUCAACAGUCGCAUGAAUGCGGCUAACAGGUGGCACGACAAGACCGUGCAGUACAUAGUAUCAGCGGAUGGCUACAUCGGUAUGGAAUACGAACACAGUCCGUGUGAGGGUAUUCCAGUUGCCGUUCUCCACGAUUACGUGUUGAAGUACAUAACAGUGGGAGGAGAUGUGACGAGCGAAUGUUCCGACUUCCCGAGAGCGGAACUUUUGAAAUUCGAAAUUAACGCCGCUAUAGAGUGCGCAAUCGAGAAAGCCACGGUCACGGUGGAUAAGCUCUCCGACGACUUAGACAUGGAGUGCUUCACCUUCGAUAAGUUCGGCGCGGACGCGAUAAAGGCGGUCAAAUUCAGCCCCGACAGUUUCAUUCAGAUCGCAAUGCAAGUGACCUUCUAUAAUUUGCAUAAAAAGCCGCCGGCUCAUUACGAGAGCGCGGCCUUGCGAAGAUUCAUUAAUAGCAGGACCGAGUGCAUCAGGUCCACCUCCGUCGAGUCCGUCGAAUUCGCGGAAAUGAUGCUUCGCCGCAACGCAGUUAGCAAGGAGCAAAAAAAGGCGAUGCUGCUCCGAGCCAUAAAUGCUCACAAGGAUUAUGCCGGACAGGCUGCGUCCGGUCAGGGUGUCGACCGGCACUUGUUCGGCUUGAAGAUGAUAGCGCAGAGCGAAGGUAUGGAGCUUCCGGAGUUAUACAAGGACGUCGGUUACACCAGAAGCACGUAUUUCACUUUAACGUCGAGCCAGGUACCGUAUAAAUCGGCAUCGUUUAUGUGCUACGGACCAGUUGUCCCCGACGGUUACGGUUGCUGCUACAAUCCGCGACAGAAGAACAUACUGUUCGCCUGUUCUUCGUUCAGAUCCUGCGAGGGGACCAAUACGAAAGAAUUCGCUCGCGUUUUACAGCAGACAUUGUGCGACAUGCGAGACAUAGCGAGCGAGUAAUCAUCAACGGAUAUCGUUCGGAGUCGUUCCUUGCCGAGUUUAGAAGUCUUCCUUCAGUAGAGUUUCAUACGUUAUUUUUGUAUAUUGUUACCUUUAUAAUAUAACAAGAGAGAGAGAGAGAGAGAGAGAGAGAGAGAAAGAGAGAGAUUCGAGCCGAGUGAACGUUAGUUUUAUACAUUUUUUACAACGAAGAUCAAACGUUCAAGAUUGAAAGUAUUUCGCGAGAUACCACUCUGACGAAUUGCUCAGCUUGUCUAGCAUAUGGAAUAUAAUUUUAAAUAAUUAUGUAUGCGUUAUUAUAUUGGGUGCCGGAAGAAGUUCGCGCGGAUUGAAACGGAAUCGAAAGCUGCACAUCGUGUAUACCAAUACGACAUAAAUGUAACUUUCCGAGGAAACCGCACGAACUUUUCUCGACACU